GUCCCCGUCCCCGGCCACGGCCAUCCCCCACCCUAUCGCACGAAUUCGAACAGCGCCGCAGCGUCACGACGGCACAUGAUAGAGGCGCACACACACGGCCUCGUGUUUGUUUAGUUCACUCGCACAGCCCACCUCCCGGUUUCUUUAUAUCCGGCGGAUCGCCGGCUUGUCUCUGUAGCCGGUGGCAUCGAUCCAAGGAGUAUACUACCCCCUCCGGCCCCCGCUCGCUGCUUCCUCCUCCAUUUCCGAUCGGUCGAUUGCGGUUGACAGCUCCACCGUCUGCUAGCUUGUGCUUGUCAGAUCUUGUUGCAUGGACGGCGAGUGGAGCGACGGGGCGGUGUCCGGUGGCGAGCAGAAGGCCAGCGGGGACGGCGUUUCGGCGGACUGCAACAGCCCGGGGUCGCCUUCGCCACCGGCGGUGCCGUCGACUAGCGGGAGGAGGCGGUCGUUGCAGAAGCGAGUGGUGACCGUGCCUCUCGCCGAUUGGAACGUCCCGCGGCCCAAGGGCGUCGGAGAGGGCAACACGCCGACAGACUCGUGGGCGUGGCGGAAGUACGGCCAGAAGCCCAUCAAGGGCUCACCCUUCCCAAGGGCUUACUACAGGUGCAGUAGCUCCAAGGGGUGCCCGGCGAGGAAGCAGGUGGAGAGGAGCCAGGCCGACCCGGACACGGUGCUCAUCACCUACUCCUACGAGCACAACCACUCCAGCACGGUGGCGAGGGCGCAGAGCCGCCCGACCCCGACACCGAAACCCAACAAGGAGCGGCCGCUCCCGUCGCCCGAGCCAGCGAAAUCUGACGGUACGCACCAUGGAACCGCCAACGUUGCCGGCGGCCUAGUCACCGCGAGCCCGGCGCCGGCCAUCGAGGUGCACGACGAUUUCCGGUGGCUCUACGACGUCGUGUCCGUCACCUCGUCGACGUCGCCCUCCGAAGUCGAGGCGGCCGACGACAUGCUGCUGUACGGGCCCAUGUUCUUCGGCAAAGCGGUGGUCGAGGUCGACACGGCCGCGCUCCUUCCCGGCGAGUUCGGCGGCGAGGCCGUCGGCGGGGAAGGGGGCGAAGAAGACGACGCAAUGUUCGCGGGGCUCGGCGAGCUGCCGGAGUGCGCCAUGGUGUUCCGGCGGCAUGCCCGCGACGGCCUGGCGGCAAUGGCGGGAGGGGUCAAGGUCGAGCAGCCGGCGGAGGGCACAGCCAUGACGUGAGCAUGUCAUGUCUGACAUGUGGGACAGGUCUCCAAUAAGAUCGAGCAGACAAAAUUGCAGUUUUAGUUUCAUGUUCUCUUGCGCUUUUGUUGGUUAAUUAGUUUUCUCACCUUCUUUUGGUGUACCUUCUUUUACUCAUACAUUAGCACAGAGAAGAAUCUGAGACAUUACCAUUGAACAUAUUGAUUGGACGAGAGAUCGAGAGGGAUACAAGCCCCUUUUGUCAAUGGUUUGGUUGAAUCA